CGCAUUCUCAAGACCUCCUGCUAUCCUGGCCAGCAAGGAGUUCCGGGGGCUGCUCAGCAAACAGCAUGUGGCUCAGGGCUACCCUCCUCCUCCUCCUCCUCCUCCUCCUCUUCCGGACCGGCCAAGGGAAUCAGGGUUGCAGUGGCACCCUGAAGGAGAGCUGCCCCUUUCAAGAGGUCUACACGAGGACCCGAGAUAUCGCAGAGAUCCCCAAGUCAGUAGCUCCCAUUAUCACGGAAAUGUUCUUUGUGGACACCAGCAUUGUAGACAUUGGACAGGGAGCCUUCGCGAACAUGUCUAACCUGGUGAAAAUUGUGUUCCUAAACAGCAAGAUUAAAAGAGUUGAAGCAGGAGCAUUUGAGAACUUGGAGAACUUGGUGGAUCUGGAAAUCACUGGGGCUGAGUUAGGGGAUCUCCCCGUGGGCACCUUCCGGUCCCUGGAUCGCUUGCGGAAAGUGAACCUGAGGGACUCCCGGGUGAGAAGGAUCGAGAAAGGACUGUUCGAGGGUCUUGGGGAUUUGGAAGAGAUCUACCUGCAUCGGAAUGAAAUUGCGUCUCUCCCCGGUGGGGUUUUCGAUGGGCUCCCUAAACUCUCCUUGUUACAUUUGGGGUGGAACCAGAUUUCCAACGUCUCACGGGAUCUCUUCAAGCACCUGACCCAGUUGAAGACUCUCCGGUUGCAGAAUAACCGGGUCGGGAGUCUCGGGGAGGGGACUCUGGACAGCCUGCAGCAGCUGGUGGAGCUCAAUCUGGAGAGCAACAGGCUGCAGACUCUCCUGCCCAACUUGCUAAGUCGGCUGGUCAACCUGGAGAAGAUUCUUCUGGACAAGAACUCAAUUGAGGUUCUCCCCCAUGAGACCUUCCUUGGACUGAGAAAAGUGAAGCAGCUGAGAAUGGCCUCCAACCACCUGAAAGCCUUCCCGCCCUUGGGGGCCAUGCAGCUGCUGGAGGAGCUGGACCUGAGCAGGAAUAGGAUCUCCUCCCUGGAGAAUUUGGCGGGGGCUUCUCUCCCGUCCCUGAAGACCCUCAAGCUCCAGGGAAACCACCUGGAGACCCUC